AUGAGAACCUAACGAAAUAAAAUGGAUUCAUAUUACUCUGCACCAAUCUUCGUCCUUGCUCCCUUUAAAAUAAUAAAGGAAACUAUGUGUUUGAAGUCACUAAAGAUAGUUGAUGUGAAUUGAUUGUAGACAAGUAUCCGAUCAUAAGUGUCUUCAACGCACUAUUGUUAUGUAGUGAUCAUUCAUAUCAUAACAAUUAGAUGAGACUUGAUAUUGAAUUUUCCGGUGGGGCUGAACUUUUGUUCAACAAGCAAAAAGAAUAUCAAGUUGACCUACCACCAACAGUGGUUCGACUAGGUGAUUUGCUUGUUUGGUUGGAGAAAAAUCUUUUACAAGAACGUCCUGAACUGUUCUUACAAGGGAAAAGCGUUCGACCUGGAAUUCUCAUUUUAAUCAAUGAUGUAGAUUACAGUUUAUUGGGUGAGAAUGACUAUAUUUUGAAGGAAAUGGAUAAAGUUAUAUUUAUAUCUUCAUUGCACGGUGGUUGA